GAGACACCACCAACUAGCAGAAAGGGGAAGAUAUCAUGAAGUCAGAUCAGAUGGCUCAUCUUCUCCCCCAACAGUCCCGUUGCUAAAGUCACGCACACCAUCCCAUGUCAAGCGAGAUGAAGUACAAUACCAACUACUGGGCUGCUUUUCUGAGCUCUCAGAUGGUUCUUUGUUACUUGAUAACGUAGCUCCGUGGAACGGUACCUCCCUCCAGACAUGUAUCGAAUCAUGCUACACCUUUUCAUCCACACCAUUCGUCUAUGCAGGCGUUUUCAACGGGAAUGAAUGUCGAUGCCGCAACGAACUCCCCGCAGGCGCCACUCAAGUUGAACAAUCGAACUGUAAAACAACAUGCAUUACUGGAACUGACCAGUGGUGUGGUGGACCGAAUGCUUACCAAGUUUACAAGCUCCCCUUCAUCCCCACUCCUCCAGAAACUUCAGCAACUCAAGACCCGACACAACCAGUCGAGGAACCAGCUCCAUCUUCAAGCUCAUUAGACGGUACCAUUGCAGAGAGCCCAGCACCCUCUUCUGACCCGACCCCUUCCGAGUCCCCAGACGGAACAAUUGUUGACAAUCCAAUUCCCUCCCCCACGACUGCCAUUUCCCAUCCGAUGAGACUGGAAGCGGUUUUGGUGCGAAGACAUAAGACCAGUCGUCGAGGGUAUACAAGCUCAGCUGACCAGGAGCACCGCAUGCUAAUGAGGCAUCUCCCGAGCAUGCAUUCGGAUCCAUACUCUACACCGGCAUAUGGGUAUCCAGAGUUGAAGCAGGAAUUAGCGCAAAGAGUUGGGGUCAUCGCGUCAGAUGUGAAAGAAG